AUAAUCAUCAAUCCAAAAUAAUAGUAAACAACAAAACAAAACAAAAAAAAAAUGAGGAAAUUCGAGUGUUUAUUCCUUUGUAUUACAUCAUUUGUAAUAUGCUUAUCAACUUUCAGUUCUGUGUCAUAUGCUCAUAACAAGCCAGUUUAUGAUCCUCAUAACUGUUCUUGUUUAGCUUCAACUGGUCAGAGCCCGUCUUCUUCGACUGGUAAGCAAGGCUCGUCGUUUGAUUUCAGCAGUCAGACGCAUCAGAAAGAAGCCUCUGGCGGUCAGAGUAGUCAGCAGAAUUCUGAACAGAAUAGCAAACAGAGUUCGGAACAGAACAGCAAACAGAGUUCUUCCUCCUCGAAAAACAACCAGGAGAAGCAAAAUGAUACUUCUGUAGGGGGGAAAAUUGAUUAUUCAGGAGUUCCGAGCAGUAAAAAUGAUACUGCUAAUGCUCCUGUCCAGGAAAAUCAGAAAGAUAACACCACUUCAUCAACAUCUGCUAAUUCUACCGACACUUCAACUAGUUCGGGCCACGCAACUGGUGGCGGACAGGGAAGUGGAGGUGGAAGCGGAGGCGGACAAGGCAGUGGAGUCGGAGGCGGACAAGGUAGCGUAACCGUAGGUGGAGGUGUAUCCGGAGGCAGACAAGGUAGCGCAACCGGAGGCGGACAAGGUAGCGCAACCGUAGACGGACAAGGUAGCGCAACCGGUGGCGGGCAAGGUAGCGCAACCGGAGGCGGGCAAGGUAGCGCAACCGGAGGCGGGCAAGGUAGCGCAACCGGAGGCGGGCAAGGUAGCGCAACCGGAGGCGGGCAAGGUAGCGCAACCGGAGGCGGACAAGGUAGCGCAACCGGAAGCGGACAAGGUAGCGCAACCGGAGGUGGACAGGUAGGCGGACAAGGUAGCGCAACCGGAGGUGGACAGGGUAGCGCAACCGGAGGAGGACAAGGUGGCGGACAAGGAGGCGGACAGGGUGACGUACAGGGUCACGGACAAGGUGGCGUACAAGGUGGUGGACAAGGAGGCGGACAAGGUGGAUUCGGAGGCAAAUUCGGAAGCGGAAUCGGAAGCGGAAUCGGAGGCGGAAUCGGAAGCGGAAUUGGAAGCGGAUUCAAAAUCGGAUGGGGAGGCGGAUUCAAAUCCGGAUGGGGAAUCGGAGGCAAAGGCGGAGCCGGAGGGGGAGCCGGAGGCGAAGGCGGAGCCGGAGGGGGAGGGGGAGCCGGAGGCGAAGGCGGAGCCGGAGGGGGAGCAGGAGGCGAAGGCGGAGGCGGAGGCAAACUCGGAGGUGGACUCGGAGGCGGAGUGGGAGGCGGAUUCGGGGGCGGAGGCGGAUUCGGGGGCGGAGUCGGAGGCGCAGGCGGAGCCGGCGGUGGAGUCGGAGGCGCAGGCGGAGUCGGAGGCGGAGGAUCCUAUAGCAAAUCAUUCUCCAAGGUUUUUGCAUUUGGUGAUUCAUUUACUGAUACAGGAAAUGCAGCUUCUAUGGAAGGUUUUAAAUCAUUCCUUGGAAUAUUCAAAAAGUUCUAUGGUUCGUCCACUAACUUAGCCGGCCAUAGACUAAGCAAUGGUCGAAUUCUCCUUGAUUUCCUCUGCGACGAUCUCGGGUUGCCUCCGAUUCAGGCAUAUAAGGAAGGAGGUGCUGCGAACUUCAAUUCUGGUGCAAACUUUGCAAUAGCAGGAUCAACUUGUCUCUCAAGUGAUUUUUUCUCUAAUCACGGACUCCCUCUCAACUUUUGGUGGAAAGCAAAACCUGAAAGUGUGUUGAGUCAAGUUGAUUGGUUUAACAGAUUUAUGCUAAAUUCGGGCUGUAAAGGUAAAACUGAAGCUGAAUGCAAAGCUCAGUUAGCAGACUCACUCUUCUGGGUUGGUGCUGUUGGUUUUAGCGACUAUGCUCGAAUUUUCGGUGCCGCUAUUAAUGGACGAUCAUUGACCGAAACUUCCGUCGAUCACACCUGCAAAAUGCUAAAGUCAAUGCUGGAUAGAGGUGCAAAGUACAUAGUUGUUCAGGGGCUACCACCAGUAGGCUGUUGCCCGGUACAAAUGAUGAUGAAUCCGUCGAAAGAUCGCGAUAGUUCAGGAUGCUCGUCUGGAAUAAACUCAAUUGUACAAGCUCACAACGAUCUCUUAAAGAAGAAAGUAGCCGAAUUCAGCGGACAAUACAACGGUUGUGUAAUAUCAUAUGCAGAUACCUGGGGAGCAUACAAGCAAGUAUUAGCAAACUACAAAAAGUACAACUUCCAAGAGCCAUUCAAGGCAUGUUGUGGAACUGGAGGAGGAGGAUUCAACUUCGAUUUACAGGCUAUGUGCGGAUCCACCGGUUCUACCGCCUGUAACAAUCCUCAGAAUUUCAUCAGCUGGGACGGAAUUCACUUCACUGAAGCUAUGCAUAAGGUACUUGCAAAUAUGUUCUUCAAAGAAGGCUUCUGCACUCCAUCAUUUGAUUCAAUGGUUAAAGCUAAAUUGGCUGCCAAAGCUGGUUAAGGCUUUAAAUCAGGUUUGAUUAGUACUAAACCAAUAAAAGAGGCUUACAUAUGCUAUUUUGAUUGCUUCAAUAGCUAUGUUAAAUGGAGCCCUGGUGGUUGAUUUAUAGAGUUUCAACUGUAAGAUUUUUGUUUAAUUUCUGCAAAUAGAGGAAUUUAUGUAAUACCGGAGGUUUAUCUCCGUUGUAUAGGUUAUCGAUCAAUUGAUUGAAUAAAAUUUACCAUUGUUAUA